AAAGGCACUCCCGUCCUGCCAAUCUUCAUUCCUUGCGAUAAAGAUCUCCAACUCCCCAAGUUUUCACAGAACCUCGUGAGAGCCAUGGAGCCGACCGUUGCUAUCCGAGAUCUUGAUUUGAAGGAAAUUGCUGAACUCCGGGAAAUGUCAGAAGGCGACGUGCAUUUUCAAAAUGUUUCGGAUAAAGAGCUACGCAAUUGGAUCAGUGAAAACCCAGAACUGGUUGAGCACAAGGACUUCCGAUACGAGUACAACUUCCUCUCACAGCGGUUAAUAAUAAAAUGUAUGCCCACUCCGACGCACGACUCAUUGCAGUACUUCUUUACGCAAACUGUUUUUGGAACAUUUGUCGAAAAAGUUGGGUUAUUAAAAGCCCAAGAGUUAGUCACUACAGGUGCAGGCACUUGUAAGUAAUGACAGUGGAUGAAUUAUUUAUGGAAUUUAACUAAUGAUGUUUAGCUUUUACUGGGUUUGAAGGGGACCGGUGUGGGUCGACGGAGAAACUCCCUGAUGCCUUCGUUCAAUUAGAAGGCUCAGACUUUCCGGUGGUAGUAUGCGAGGCUGGGUGGGCAGAGAAACUGGAGGAUUUAAAAACCGAUGCCAAACUUUGGCUUCUAAACACCGGAGGUCAGACAAAAUUUGUUAUCAUGACCUGCUUUACCGAAACCCAUACAAAGAGCGAGACGGACCCAACCAGCGAGACAGACCCAACCAGCGAGGCAUCAGAGGACGCGACAGGAACUGGGGGGGAGCAGUCAGGGGAGCGAGCACUCAUAAAAAGCAUAAAUGAGUCGACAAAGCUUCGUGAUCUCGCCACCCAGUUACUUGACCUGAAUAAGCACGAGGAGCUGCGAACGCCCUUAAUCGGGAAGUUACAAGCAUCACUGUAUGUCUAUUGCGCCAACGAGGACUACAAGGACAUCACCGAAGUAUUUAGUACAGCAAUUCUGCCCCCUCCACCUGCGAAUUCCGGGGCGCCACGCCUAUUUCAAAUCACCAUGAAGGACAUCUUUGGCCAAGAUGUUCCAAAGGAUAUGAAACCAACCGAUCCGAUAACGUUUAGCCUACCGGUCCUAGGAAAAUUAAUUGAAAAAUCCCUGCCCGGCACGGCACGGUAUAGGGCCAAUCGACGGGGAAAAAAACUGCUAAAAGCAGCGGGUGUAUGGGAACAAUGUGACACGUUUGCACAGAGCAAGCGUCGGAGAAAGGACGGAGCUUAAGGACAAGCCGGGGAAACGCUUUUGUUGUGGUUUGAAAUCCUGUUCCGCUUAGCUAUAGAUUUGUUAGACUUGGGCUUAAUGUGAAUUUACCUGGAUGGUCUGGGUUGGGAGAUUCGGAAUUUUGAUGUUCGAGGGAGGCAAAAGUUGGGUUGUAGGAGGGGUGAGCUAUGUGCUCUAAUAAGUUCGAGUAGCUUUGUGGUCAUGCGGCUUAAGCGGGUGGGACGCAAAAUGCCUUUCGCGGGGUGCAAAGUGAGCGGUGGUAUCACAGAAGCGUUGUACUCGUGCUGCAUUUGUGUCGAAGCCGGAUGUACUCUCGAGGGUGGGCUAGCACAGCGGAGUAGUCUAGUACCGAUGGCUUUAUGAACAAUGGAAAUGAAUCCAGAUUAGUAUCCGAGGGCAAGGAAUGUGUAACACUAUACAAUUAUAGCUUUCGGAAAUGCGCUGAGGAUUCGGCCAUAUGGCCACGGCUUCGGGUCUGGGUUUGUCUUUAGAAAUGGGCUACGGAUUCGGGCAUACGGCUUCCGGUUCUAGUGUGUGCUUGGACGUUCGGGAAAGCAUCCCCUAUGCAGGAAUGCGGCUAUCGGAACGGAAGCGGAGAGGCUGUAAGGACAGCCGGAAGGAA